AUGAGUUCAAUUUCCGAUGGUUUUGUUGAAUCAAAAGACUUCAGGACCUUUUGUCGCGGUGUCAACAACGCAAUCACCAAACAUGGCCAUGGGAUAGAGUUGUUAGAAUCUUCUGUUGCAGAGAUCAACAGAGGAGACUACAGCCAUCAUCUAGACCAGCUAAGGAAAGCCAUCGAUGUAGCCACAUCCAGGAUGCAAGUUCGAGUGACGGAUGUUCAAAAUUCGAUGAAGCAGCACCAAAACACUACGUACACGGUCGAAUCCAGUCUUCUCGAGCGCCUCAUUCGUAUGGAGGAUGAGGUGCGUCAGCUCAGGAACAUGGACCAAGUGAGAAGAGAUAACAGAGGAUCGAUUACUCCAGCGCCCAGACAGCAAUCUGGGAUAAUCACAAAGAGUCCUAAACACAAACGCCUGCGCGUCGACGUGUACGAGCUUCCGAACGAAUACACCCCUAGCCAGAACUCGGAGACGGAGAGCAUUCACAGUUUAUGUGAUGAUAACAACGACAACGAUGAUGUUCAACACGGCAAUGCCAGCGACAAUUGCCACGUUGAAGAUGAAGAAGACGAAGAUUCCGAUCCAGCAGACGAAGCACUUGUCCCAACAUCAAUGGAAGGCAUAUUCACGAUAGGCACUCGUGAAGACCUGACCAGGCCACCUGUACUACCGGCAGAAGUUUUGUCUGAGGUUGCAAAAAUUGUUCAAAAAGUACAAGUAAAACCACAAUGGGACGGGCAGUGUUUAUUUGGGCGAGGCAAACGUUGUAGGUACCCAGAGUGGUCUCAUUCUGGUGGCAAUACGCGGUUACGUGCGUGGUCACAGCCCAUGACAGCCACUCUGUCAUGUCGUCCGAGCACCAACAAUGCCAAAUCCAUCCUGCACGUAAACGAGACAUGUCCUCUACAGUCGGUACGUGAAACACGGCUCAAAGUUCUUGACUGCUUGUCUCGCAUGCCUGGCUAUGAGAGCCUUAGAGGUAGAGCCCUAGAACCCCUCUCCGCAUCGCCCACAGUCGCGAACAACAUCCCGCAUUGUUGCUAUAGUAUUGCUGGGGCGACGGAAGUGCGCUUUCUGCAAGCCCACAACAUUAACCCGGGCUGA